AAUCGAAGGCCCAACUUGUCAGACCGAGGGUUUAAGCAUUUCUUCUUUCACCAUUUCUCAGCUCUCUGUGUGUUUCAUGGUGAGGGUUUUAAAACCUCACCACACUAGUCUCUCUCUCUCUCUCUCUCUCUCUACAAUGGCACAGACCACUCUUCUGUCUCUCCUCCUCCGACGCCUCUCCUCUCAAAACCCUAACCUCUUCAAAACCACUCGACCUCUCUUUCUCUCUCAUCUUCUCCUCACACCCAAACCCUUCUCUUCUCUCUCCUCUCCCCCAAACCCCUCUGACCCCGAACCCACCUCUCUCUCAGCCCGCAUGAGCUUCGUCUUCGACCAAAUCGACGCCAUCGAGAGAGAACGCUCUCAGAAAGACGACACUCUUCAGCGAAUUCGCGCUUGGCGCGAGUCCAAGAAGAACAAAAUCCACGAACAUAGCAACCACAAUCUAGGAUUUGGUGUCACUGAAUUGAGGCCUUUUGAGCCUAGCUCCGCGGAGACGGAGGUGAAGGAGGAGGAGAGAGGUGGCUUGUUGAGUAGGGAGGUGGAGUUGGUGCAUCCAUGGCCUGAGUGGAUUGAAUUGAUGGAGAGGUUGGUGCAGCAGAACUAUUUUGAUCAUAGGAGGAAGGAUGAGGAGAAGAUGGUGGAGGAUUUGGGGUUUCAAAUGUCGGAUGUUGCGGAGGAAGGGAUCGAUUUCACGAGGGAUUGGAAGACUGUUCAGACCGCUUGUCUCAAUUUCGGGCGUGAUCGGUUCGAUAUCUUGAGGUCAUUGUCGAGACAAGAUAUUCAAAUUUUGGUUGGCUAUGGGUGCCCUAGUGCGGAUAAGAAGGUGGUUUUUUCUGCGAAGUUACUGAGGAAACAUGUCCACCUUGAUGAGGGAGAUGUUUGUAGUUCCUGCAGUUUGAGGAACUCCUGCGAAAGAGCAUAUCUUGUAACCAAUAAAGAAGACGAGGCACGGACUAUUGACGUUAUGCGUGUCCUAUUGACAUAUGGCUUUGAUCCUGUAAAAGGAUCGGUUGUCAAUGAGCCCCUUCUGAAAAUAAAAUCAGUGAAGACUGUCAUCCGCAAACUACUGCAUGAGGUUGUCAAGUUGAGUGCAGUUCCAAUAGAUCCAAAUCUUCCUCCUCCUGUAAUAAUAAAGCCUCCACCAAAAGUGAAGCAGCCUCCUCCUCCUCCAAAGAAACGAGUUGGACGUGAUGACAUUGAGAUGAAAAAAGGGGAUUGGCUGUGUCCUAAGUGUGACUUCAUGAAUUUUGCAAAGAAUACAGUGUGCCUGCAGUGUGAUGCCAGGCGUCCCAAGAGACAACUGCUUCCAGGAGAAUGGGAAUGCCCUCAGUGCAAUUUCUUGAAUUAUAGGAGGAAUAUGGUAUGUUUUCACUGUGAACACAAUCGUCCCCUGGAUGAAUUUACAGAGAAUCAAAUGCAAGACAGGCAACGUGGUCCUAAGACGAGGUUGGAGAAGGUUCCCAACAGGGCAGAUGUUUCUAAUGCAUGGAAUUUCGAUUUUGAUGACGAUGAAUCUGAUGGGGCAGACGUUGCUGCUUUUGAGCAUGCAGAUUCUCAGAAGCUGAAUGAAGAUUUUCCUCCACAUAGUCGUGCUCAUGGAGAAAACUUUAGGGGGGCUGACGAUGAUUCCUUUAUGGCCAGAAGAACUCCAAAGACACAUGAAAGAGAAUACUCCAAUCCUGCACAUCAGAAACCUGGGACAGGAUUUGAUGAUUUUGAAGAUGAAGAUGAUGAUGUCGACAGUUAUGAGCUGGACGCGCAGAACAACAAUCAAGUUCCAAGGAGAUCUUCAAUUGAUUUCUCCGAGGUCGAAGGUGACUCUGAAUCUGAAGAUGUUGAUGGCUUUGAUAUGGAUCAUAGGUUGCACAAUAAGUCGUCCAGGACAAUGCGUCGAAAAGCAGCUUUCUCUGGCUCUGAGGCUGAUGAACAAGAUUUUGAUUCAGAUAAUGAGCUCCCAGUUCAUCCCAACUGGAAAUCAAGUCAUGUUGCUGAUUCCAGACAAAGGAGUAAGGGCACGACAAGUUUCGUUGCAGAUCAAGAUUAUGGGUUCAGUUCCGACACUGAUGACUUUGUAGAUGAAGAUUUUAGAUCCAAGAAAAACAAGGGAAAUAAACAGGUUUCUAGUAGCCACGAUUCUAGGAAGAGACAAAUUCCUGUCAGUAGUGAUGAGUCCUUUUCUGGUCUGGAUUCUGACGAGGAAGAUCUACCUUCCCCUAGAGAUAAAAGAGGAAGCAUUUCAAAGGGUCGUGGCAAUAUUAAGUUUUCUGGGGACUCACGAUUUGGAUCUAAUGGUAUGUCAGGUGGCAGAAGGAAGCCGCCGGAUGAUGAUUUUGAUAGAUCAUCACAAGGGUCACGUGGCAAUAGUCGAGGAUUUCAAAGGGUUGAUGACUAUGGUGGACGUAGAAUGAAUAACAGCAAGGGUAGUGAUUUUAAUAGAUCAUCAAAAAAGCCUCAUGGUAGUAAUAGAGGAUUUCAAAAGGAUGAGCAUGGUGGCCGUAGAACAAAUGAUAGAGGUGGUCAUUGGCGGCGUGGAGGGUUUAAUGGUUCUGAUAACCGGUCAGAUGUGGACAGGGAUUUUGAUGAUGAUAGACCCAGAAGGCAGCGCAUAAAUGUACGAUGAGUAUCAGCUGAUUCAAUUUGGUUUCUGGUGGGCAGAGCUGAGCAUCAAGUAGUUGGUUCAACUGAACUUUGAUUUUUUUUGUUUUUAGAAUUAUGUUGUAUUAUAUAAAAAUUUUAAGAGGUUUUUAUAAAUUGAUACCAUUAAAAUUAUUCAAAAAAA